AUGGAAAUCUUGAACAGGAGACCAGAGGAGAGCCAGAUUAUUUCCUACAGGGGUUAUCCUUGUGAAGAGUAUGAUGUUAUCACAACAGAUGGUUAUAUCCUCAGAAUUUACAGGAUUCCUUCUGGAAGAAGAUGUUCCAGAACAGCUCCAAAACCUGUUGUGUAUUUGCAACAUGGUUUAAUUGCAUCUGCCAGUAACUGGAUUUGCAACCUGCCCAACAAUAGCCUGGCCUUCCUUCUGGCAGAUAGUGGUUAUGAUGUGUGGAUGGGGAACAGCCGGGGAAACACCUCCAGAAAACACUUGAAAUUUUCACCUGAAUCGCCAGAAUACUGGGCCUUCAGUAUGGAUGAGAUGGCUAAAUAAGACCUUCCAGCCACGAUAGAUUUUAUUGUAGAGAAAACUGGACAGGAGCAACUCUACUAUGUGGGCCACUCCCAAGGGACCACGAUCACUUUCAUAGCAUUCUCCACAAUUUCAGAGCUGGCUAAAAGAAUUAAGAUAUUUUUUGCAUUGGCUCCAAUCAUCACAGUGAAAUAUACCCAAAGUCCUUUGAAAAAAUUAACAGCUCUUUCCAGAAGAAUAGUCAAGGUGUUGCUUGGUGACAAGAUGUUCUAUCCUCAUACACGUUUUGAGGAAUUCAUUGCCACGAAAGUGUGCAACCGGAAGCUAUUUCAUCAUAUUUGCAGGAACUUCCUGUUUAUUUUGAAUGGAUUUGAUCCAAAAAACUUAAAUAUGAGUCGUUUGGAUAUAUACUUGCCACAGAUCCCUGCGGGGACAUCUGCUCAGAAUAUUCAGCACUGGGCCCAGGCUGCUAAUUCUGGUCUAUUCCAAGCUUUUGAUUGGGGAAACCCUGAUCAGAACAUGAUACACUUCCACCAGCUUACACCUCCUUUAUACAAUGUCACUAAAAUGGAAGUUCCAACAGCAGUAUGGAGUGGUGGACAGGACCAUGUGGCUGAUCCCAAGGAUGUUGAGAAUUUACUCCCCCAAAUUUCCAGGCUUAUUUAUUACAAAUAUAUUCCACACUACAAUCAUGUAGAUUUUUACCUUGGACAGGAUGCACCCCAGGAAAUUUACCAAGACCUAAUUAGAUUGAUGGAGGAAUGUUUGCAUGAUAGUAAUGUCAUCCACUGACUAAGGUGACCCCUCCAAUAAUUCUCACCCCUUAGUGCUCAUGCGUCUGUGUCAUCUUCCUCCCUGGAGUCCCGGAAGGACCUGAAACUUGCCUCUAGCCAACAGAAUAGGCAAUGGUAAUGGAAUGUCACACUCUUGGUUGGAUUAUGUUGACAGCAAGAUGAUGGGAUGUCACUCCCUGACUACAUUAUAUUAUAUAAGAAUCCGUCUAAUAAGACCGGAGCAAGAGAUAUGCCUUGUUGGCUUGAUGAGGUAAACAGGUGUGUUGAGAAAGCCACAUGGCAAGUAGCUAUGUGUGGCUUCUACCAUCUGCAGGGGGCCUCCAGUCAACAAAAAGCUGGGACUCCCAGUCAUAUAACCACAAAGAGAUAAAUUCUGCCUAAAACCUGAAUGAGGUUGGAAGCCCAUUCUUCCCUAGGAAAACCUCCAGUUCAGAAAGUAGGCUGGCCACACUUUGAUUGCAGCCUGGUGAGACCCUGAGUGGAGGACCUAGCCAUGCCACACCCAGACUACUGACCCAUAGAACCAGUGAUAUAAUAAAUGUAUAUGGUUUUAAACCACUAAGCUUGUGGUACUUUGUUAUCAGCAA